UCGGUUCAGGAUUUUACUCCUACAUCUUGGAAUAGCAAACUUGAAUUUUGUGCUGGUUGAGGCCCGAGGCAAAACUUUGGCCAAUUCAGGACCUCUGCAGGCUUCAGAUCACUAAAUGCAUUGAUAAGCCACCCCACCUCAUGAAUACAGGACUAGCUUUGUUGUUUCCGAACGUCAACUUCUUCGAUCAAUAUACUGUGGCUCUCCUUCUUAUAGAAGCCAUUUCCCGACGGUAUCGUCCCGUCUGCAUAAACUCUAGUCACCUGAGCUUCGAGCUUUCUAUCCACGAUGAACCAGAGCGGCCCCAAAAGCUCGUUCGAACAGCAAGCCAGUAAUCGUGCCUGUGAAGCCUGCCGAGCCCACAAAGUUCGAUGCCUUCCAAAUACACUAGGAUCAUCCAAAAUAUGUCAGAGAUGUGCGAAAACAGACCGGCAAUGCAUAUUCGCUGCUCCUAUGAGGCGGAAGCAGCGAAAGCGGACAGAUACCAGGGUUGCUGAGCUUGAAAGAGAGGUUUCUGCGAUGAGAGCUCUGUUCCGGCAAGGCAACGACGACAUUCCAGCCACAUAUACCCAACAAGCUUCCCAGCCAGAUUCCCAAAAUGAUACACCUCGAACUGGUAUGAGCUAUGGUAUGAGAUCGGAUGCUCAAGACCAGAGUGCAGAGUCCGGAGAAACCCCUGCAUCCUGGUCGAUUCCAACCAACCUGACCCCUCCAGUCCAGGAGGACCAAAACCCUCAACCAUUUUCACCCGAGUCCGAUUUCAUAGAGAGGGGACUUAUUAGCAUGGAAGAAGCUACCAAAUUGUUCAAGUCAUACAAUGACAAUCUCGUUCAACAUUACCCUGCGGUGUCUCUCGAGCCAACUGUCUCUGCCGAAGAACUUCGAAAGACCAAGCCAACACUCUUCUUGGCCACUGUAGCAGCAGCUUCGGGGAAAAUGGGCUCUCAACUGUAUAGUAUCCUCAACUCGGAGCUCUUGUGUGCUUAUGCACACAGAACUGUCAUAGAAGGUCAGAAGUCUCUUGAGCUUGUGCAAGUUAUGAUCAUUCUCUCAGUCUGGUAUUUCCCACCUGGAAAAUUUGCUCAGCUGAAAUACUACGAGUACAUCCACAUGGCUGCUACCAUGGGACUUGACAUUGGCCUCGGAACAAACCCUCAAUCCUCAAGGGACCGGAGGCGUAAUUCUGAGGACGAUAAUCCACUCUCAAACUACGUGGACUCUGCGGAAAUUGAGAGAAGACGAACAUUUCUCGUGUGCUACCUGAUAUCUACAGGAGUCUCUCUCAGUAGUAGACGUCCUAACAUGCUCCGUUACAGUCGCUGGGUAGGCCAAUGCCUUGAAUCAUUAGAGAAUAACCCAAACGCCUCCCAAAUGGACAAACACUUGGUCUCCUGGAUCAAACUUAUGAAAAUUACUGAGGAAAUUGGGCUGGCUUUUGGCUUUGAAGACAUCAGUUAUAUGGCAAGCCUCUCGGAGCCUCGAACUCAGAUCGUAAUGAGUGGACUUCAAAAAACGCUCCAGUCCUGGAAAGUUUUGUUUGGGUCACAUGUCAAUGAUGCGGUAAUGAUCCAAUACCAUCAUUCUCAGCUCUUUCUUCAUGAGAUCGCAUUACACGAUGACCACCCACCAGAAGACUUUAGACCACCAUUUAACCUUGGAAAAAUCUUGUCGAUUCACACUAUGCCCGGGGCCAAACACUCCUUUAUUGAUGCUACGGCUAACCUCAUUUCGUCAGCUCAUUCGAUGCUUGACAUAAUUCUCGCCAUGGAGCUCUCCGUCCUCCGUUCCCUUCCAGUGUACAACUUCGUCCGCAUGUCAUACUCAAUUAUUAUUCUGGUAAAGCUUUAUAUAUCGUCGAAAUCCCCUACAAGCAAGCUCGGCGAGGUUUUAGAUAGCGAGCGCUUGAAGCUGGGGAUCUAUCUCAAAGCACUAAUUGACCUGCUAAUUGCAGCUGUGGGGCCGAUGGAAUGUAGAGCCCCUUACACUUUCUUGGGUAUGUUGAUGCGGUUCUACGGAUGGUACAAAAGCCAGGAGAGCAGUCAAACUUUUACGCCACCUCCAGUCGACUCGCCUGCUGUGGACCAAUGCUGGCUUCCACCGAUGCCUCGCGUCACUUACGAGCUUCAACGAAAGGCCGAUAGCAGCACGAGGGACAUGGCCUCGUCAAAUGCUGUCAUCGAAACCAAAUUUCAGUCAAAGGAUUCCACUGACCAUGAUACUGCCAUGCAUAACCAAUUCGACACACAAGAUAUGGGAGAGUUUCAGUACGAUUUCGGUGAUGGUUUAGAUAUCGAUCAAUUCAUGUUAUUGGGCGCCAGUGACACGUUCAACCCUGGCUUCAACAACUGGCUUCCUGAUAUGGGUAUGGCCGGGGGUAUUGAUGCGAGCCAAAUGCAAGCUAUGUACGAUUACGAUUGUCAAGGGGGUCACAAUUCUUCGUUAUAAAGACAUGUCUGCUUGACUGUUUAUACCCAGAGUCAUAUCACUCGCUUGGAAAAAUACCUCAGAACAGACAUCCUAAUGGCAUAGAGCCCGAGUCCUCGAUGAUUUGGGACGAUAUUACAUGGUGGUAAUUGGACAGCAGAAGAGGAAGUGUCCGAUCAUGUAUUGAAUUAUGGUAGACCUUAUAAUUGUCGAUAGGUCGAUUUUGCCGAGU